UCAAAAGAAGUGAAGUAGAAUGUCUCAUAAGACUCUUUUACAGCGUGGUGGGAAGAACUGGUGGGAAAUCUGGAAAUACUGGGCUAGAUCGUAACAAAUUUCGAGGGAUCCUGCACAACAUAUUUGGAAUGACUGAUGAUACAUUGAUGGAUAGGGUCUUUUCUGCAUUUGACAAAGACAAAGAUAACUCCAUAAAUGUGGAAGAAUGGGUAAAAGGAUUGUCAGUGUUUCUUCGAGGGACAUUUGAAGAAAAGUUGAAAUUCUGUUUUGAAGUUUAUUAUUUGAAUGGAGAUGGUUACAUUUCUCGAGAGGAAAUAUUCAACAUGUUGAAGAACAGUCUGUAUCAACAAUCGUCUGAAGAAGAGAAUGAUGAAGGAGUAAAAGAAUUGGUAGAGAUAGCACUGAAGAAAAUGGAUUAUGACAACGAUGGCAAGGUAUCUUUUGAAGACUUUGAAAAAGCAGUGAGAGAAGACAGACUUCUGUUGGAGGUGUUUGGACCAUGUUUGCCAACAGCACAGAAUUGCCUUCAUUUUGAAGCACUGACAUUCAGAGAUACGCUGACUUCUAGUUUUUCAAUAAGUGAAUAA